CAAACACUGCCACCUCUUCCUGCGUCAAAUGAAGCCUACGUCAGCAUAUGGAAUCAACUGGACGACUGUUCCGUGGUUGCUACGUUCCCCGGCAUGAAUCCUUACACUGUCGCAGCGAAUGUGUCAAUGAUCGACAAUCGGAAAACGAAAGAGAGUUCAGUUCAUUUGAAAGCUCCGACGGGGGCUACCACCUGGACAGUUCCCAUCGCUCUCGACUACAAAGAUUGUACUCCUGACAAAUACCAAAAUUUACCCAAGAGUUUUUCCGUGCAGCUGACGACAACUAACAUUAUUUACGUUGCGAUUAGCUCAAAUGGAGUCUACCAAGGGAAAGCAGAUCCGACAAAGCCGACACAAGGAACUGGAGAGUUCAGUUUG